CUGGAGCAAUCAUUUCCAAGUAGUGAAGACUAUGCUGAGUUAUUAACCGAGAUGUUAUCAAAACGUGCGAAAUUUAACGAUUCGUUAGAACAUUACUAUUAUGAAAAAAUUAAUUUACUAAAUCGCUGCGAAAUAUAUGGUAGACGUGCGGUGGAUUGCUUACUGUAUGGGAUCGAGGAUCGGUCAUUGAGAUUAGGUGCGAAAGCGGCUAAGUGUCAGGAGCCGGAGCAGGUCCUCACGUAUUUUCAAUCCAUCAAGCAAAAUUUACGCGAACCUGAUAAGUCAAGGGUGAAUUUCGAUAAACGUAGCAAUACUAAUCCUUCAUUAUCCAGUAAUAGUUCUAAGCCAAUGGGCACUAACAGUGAAACUAAGACUUCAAAGUCGAACAAUAUUGCGUCUAUCAUAUGUUUUAACUGCAAUGAACCUGGACAUUUUAGUUCUAGAUGCACGAAAAAGAUAUUGAAGUGUAAUGUUUGUUCCAAAUUAGGUCAUUUGGCAAUUAACUGUCCCAGAUUACCCUCCGACUCGGUUAAUAAAAUUGAUAAACCUAAAGAAAAAGACGUGAUGCGUAUUGAAACAAAUAGCACUAAUGACACUAAAUAUUUAAUUGAUCUAAAACUCAACGGUGAAGUCGUUCAAGGCUACGUAGAUUUGGGUAGCCAAUGUUCGCUGAUACGUCACAGCGAGGCUGUUAAAAGGGGAAUCACGUGGACUGCUAGCAACUUACCGACUAUGAGGGGUAUAGGUGAGAGUAUAGUAAUACCAGUGGGCGUUUCAAACGUCAUUAUUGAAAUUCAAGGUAUUAUGGAGGAGGUCAACGCGUACAUUGUUGAUGAUCGUGUUAUUAAAUAUUCAGUUUUAAUUGGGCAUAGUUUCACAGAGAAACCGGGAAUAGUUAUAACGAAAACUACACACUCAUUAAUAUUUACUCGUGAUCAGUCAGUUAAACUAGAACUAAAUUUGAAAACAGAUAUUUUAAUACCCCUAAAGAAAUGUAUCUAUUACCCUGUUUUUCGACAAACAAAUAUUCUGGUAUGGUUCAUGUUAGUGGCUCCUUACGCGGUACCCCACAAAAUGAAUAUUAUUUGAUGCCU